AUGGUACGAGGUCAACAAAAAAUUAACUUGAAAAAUCCUCCUCCGGAGCCAUAUAAACCAUCUCCGGGUUACUUAUUAGGAAUUAGGCUUUUUGAAGCUUUAUCAAGUCUAGCAAUCGUAAUUACACUUACUAUUACCAUAAUUUAUCAUAAAAUACUAUUUAAUUAUGGUGUUAAUUACGAUUCAACUAGAUUCAGACAAGGGUCUUUAACGUCAUCUAAUGGCACUGUCAUUCAAUUAAAUGCACAAGAUGGUGCUGUGGAUUAUGAUAAUUAUGAUGGGGUCAUGCCAUGGUUAAUUUUUGGAUUGGUACUUUCAGUGACAGGUUUUGUAAUUUCUGCUGGCUUUAUGUUUGACCGUGGGCUUAAACUCGCAUUAGUACAAGCAUUUACUUCAAUUAUUUUAUGUGCGGGUUUUGUGGUUUAUAUUGUAAUUGGAGCUUUGAACACUCCGUAUUUGAUAGAAUGUACUAAAUUAAGUUAUCCAUCUGAUUAUGUAGAGUCAAAAGAUAUUAGUGUUGCAAUGAGUGGCAGAUUUUUUCUUGAUAGUAAAUUUGCCCCAAAAAUUGAAACUAGGAAUAUCGAAGAAUCGAUCAAACGUGUCCUUGGAAAGAAACAGAAACAGAACCGUCCUAUUCCUCAAUGGAUCCGUCUUCGUACUGGAAAUACGAUUAGAUACAAUGCUAAACGUCGUCAUUGGCGUCGCACUAAGCUCAACAUUUAA